AGGGUACGUCGCGGUCGAGCCACCCUUCCCACAUUCUCGCGAUCGCAAACCCCAAAAUCGGACUGGAAUUGCCGACUCUAAACAAUGGGUAUAUUCACCCCUCUUGGCAAGGCCAGGCCUACUAAAGUGUAUAGUGCGCGAGUGCGUGUUUCAUGCUUGUGUUAAGGUGCUAGAACCAUUUCUAUGGGUGCACGGUUCAUCGGUCGACGUGAAAUAGCAUCAUAGUAAUUAGCAUUAUAACAAUUAUAAGUGAUUAUCUAACUAAUUCGACUAUAGCAUCAUACGUAAUGUCAUCAGCAGUGAAGCGUAAGCUCAAAUGAGGCGAUUAACUAUUGAAGAUGAACAGGCCGGGCUACGAUUACACCGUGCCUGCAUCCACCACAUAUUACGCGAGUAAUAACCGGCCGCCGCAAUACGAUCGCGGCUACGGGCAGCUAACAGUCGGCCCCGUAUACAGUCCUUCCUCCCACCCGUUAGCCAAUUACGCAGAUGUGUACGAGGGUAACAACGAUACUACGCUAAGAGCAGAAGAACGUCAUUGGUAUAUAGAAAACCACAAGAAUUUGCAACCAAAUUAUGACGUCAAUCAUGAAACUAUACCUCAAGAUGCCAAAAUUAAAAAAGAAGAGGAGAAGAAAACCGAAGUGCCUGUUCGUAGGACCGACGCGACACAACCGCGGCAGAGGCGGAAAGAAGACCGUUGUUCCUGCGAGUGUUGGCCUAGUACUGACAAUAAUGUCGUACAAGAUAGUAUAAUAGGUAACGAGACCUCGAGGUCACUUUCUGGUGUUGACAUGGUGGCCUCGUAUGGAGUGUACGGGAAUCCUCACGAUGACGAUAGUUCGGGGUUUGCGCGCCUUUCGGAAAAGAAUAAUGCCGUUUACGCGCAGAGCAGUGACGCCCCUGUACAAGGUGUGGUGGUGAACCAGCAAGGCAACAGUACCGUGGUACGGUCUGCAUCCUCCUCUGGAAGUGGUUGUAGCAAAUGUUGUGUAUGGUCUUCGAAUGCGCCCGCUGCUAACUCCGAAGACUACUGCUGGAUCCACUACUGCAGGCCCGCAUUAAUAGUUCUAUUGCUGCUGUUUUUUCUAGUCUUGUUGGGUGUAUCAACAGGGUUCUUACUGACGAAUAACUAUUUACAUUAUCAACCAAGACCACCUGCUCCUGAAGAGGCGUGCGAGAAGACAUUCUGCCGGUGGGGCGCCGAGUGCGUGUCCCUCGGGGACGGGCGGGCGCACUGCGCGUGCCCCGCCAGCUGCCCGAGCUCGCCCGCCGCGGUGUGUUCCACCGCAGGCCGCACUUACCGCAAUCACUGCUAUUUACGUAAAGAAGCUUGCGAGCGACGCCUCAACCUACGGGUCAAGCAUGAAGGCGAAUGUGAAGCUGGAGACCCAUGCGCUGCAGUGACAUGUCCAGUUGGUGCCCGAUGUACAGUCUCCAAUGGUCAACCAGAGUGUCGCUGUUCCAGAAGUUGUCAGAGAAAAAAGCCAGUUUGUGGUACUGAUGGAAAGGAGUAUCCAUCAGUCUGUCAUCUAGAUAAAUAUGCCUGCGAAAAUCAAUUGAACAUUACUGUAAAAUACCAUGGAAAGUGCGAUCCAUGUUCAGAACAUGAAUGCGUCGAUGGAGGAGUAUGUCAAUUGAACGAUUCUCGUCAACCAGUCUGCCGGUGUGGUCCACCAUGUGACUUAGUCGUCCGUACCGGAUCAGCAGUUUGCGGUUCUGACUACAGGGACUAUCCAAGCGAGUGCUCAUUGCGCCGCGAGUCAUGUAGAACACGUCAACAGCUCACUAUUGUGUAUAGAGGAGAAUGUGCUUCAGCACAACAUCCGUGUGAUUCCGUUAAGUGUGGUCUUCGCGAGCAGUGUUCUUUGGACGCACGUGGUGUGGCGGUAUGCGGAUGUGGGCCGGAGUGUGAGGCAAUUGUUCGCCCAGUGUGUGGUUCUGAUGAUCGCACCUACGACAGUCCCUGUUUCCUAGAGAGAGCAUCAUGUCUUGAGAACCGAGAAAUACGAGUAGCGUACGCAGGAUCCUGCGGUUUAGAAAAUCCAUGCGCGCGAGCAAUAUGUCCGUGGGGAGGAGCGUGCGUGUCGCGUGGUGGCGCAGCGCAGUGCGCAUGUCCGGUGUGCGCACCCACGCUUGCACCUGUAUGCGCGUCAGACUACAACACUUACGGAAGUGAGUGUAAGAUGCGCAUGCAUGCAUGUCAAGAAGGAAUCAAAGAGGAAGAUCUACGAGUGUUAUACAAUGGGACUUGUCAAUCGUGUGUGGACGUUGUGUGCCAAGGAGGAGGAGACUGUGCUUUAGAUCCAGCGACAGGCCGGCCUGUCUGUCGUUGCAAUCACAACUGCACUGAAGCACAGGAAUCUGAUGUAGUAUGUGGAACUGAUGGCCAGACGUAUGCUUCACAAUGCGAAUUGGACGCGACAGCAUGUCGUGAGCAAAGCGAACUACGGAUCGCGUAUAGGGGUGAUUGUGCGCUUUGCGAAGGGGUGCAGUGUUCCUUCGGAGCUCGUUGUGCAGCCGGAGAGUGUAUAUGCCCCACUGACUGUACUGGCGCUGCCCAAGAGCCAGUUUGUGGAAGCACCAUGCAGACGUAUCCCAAUGAGUGUGAAUUACAAAAGACUGCCUGCAAAUUACCACCUCCAGCUUCACUCCAUGUCAUAUUUUAUGGAGAUUGCAAAGAUCGACUUGCUGUUGUUCCACCUAUCGCAAUGACUACGACCGCGAUGACCACUACUGAGGCUGAGGAAGGGUCGACGGAUUCAUUGGGAGCGACGGAACUUGGCGGUACAGCGAACCCGCUGGCGUGCCGCGAUAUACGUUGCGACUUUGGCGCGAGUUGUGAGAUCGGCGGUGACGGAUAUCCUCGGUGUUCCUGCCUCUUUGAAUGUCCGCACGAAGUUGAAUAUUUCCCUGUAUGCGCCUCAGAUUUUAGAUUAUAUUCAAGCUUAUGCGCCAUGCGAAAAGAGGGAUGUCAAAAGCAGCUCGAACUCCGUUUGCGCCCACUGGAACUUUGUAAAGGUAUGGAAGUAAGGCCUUGCGGUAACAAUAAAGCAAUGGUGGACUCAACAACUGGUCUAGAAAUUGACUGUGGAAAUGGGCCUCAUCGACAGGAUUGUCCAAUGGGAAGUUACUGCCACAUUACAUUGACUGCAGCUAGAUGUUGUCCCAAAAAUGACACGAAGUUAAUGGAAGAGAAAAAAGUGCAACACUGUUCUGAAAGUGCAUACGGUUGUUGUACCGACGGAUCAACAACAGCUACGGGUCCUAAUGAAGAGGGUUGUCCAAUCACGAGUUCUACUUGUGGGUGUAACAGACUCGGAUCGGUGUCAGACCGAUGUGAUGAAAAUGGCCAGUGUUCCUGCCGCCCUGGUGUCGGAGGGUUGAAAUGUGAUCGCUGUGAGCCUGGUUACUGGGGACUGCCUCGGAUCGGAUCCGGCCAUACUGGAUGUAUUCCUUGUGGAUGUUCCGCAUUUGGAUCCGUAAGAGAAGACUGUGAACAGAUGACAGGGCGUUGCGUUUGUCGAAAUGGAGUCCAAGGACAGAAGUGUACUGUGUGCGCUGAUCAUCGACGAAGGCUUGGUCCUAAUGGAUGUUCUGACCCUGAAACUGGCGGUGUGGUAUCAUCGUGUACGGAGCUGUCCUGUUACUUCGGCGCCGUGUGUACAGAGCGUACCGGUGGUGCUCUCUGCGAAUGUGCAGCCGCACCUUGUCCCGACAGUGACACAAAUAUGCUGGUUUGCGGCAGUGAUAGUAAAACUUAUGAAUCAGAGUGCCACCUCAAGUUGCAAGCGUGUCGCACGCAAGAAGAUAUAGUAGUUCAAGCCUUUGGCCCCUGUAAGUUGAGCGAAAUAGCUGGCACCGCCGGCCCCCCGAGACCUUCGUCACCUAUACAGUUCACCCAACAAGACGAUGGGGCCGCUUCCAAAUCGACUAGGCAUUUAUUAAAUCCUGACAAAUAUUAUAACAAAUAUGACUGGACGAGAAAAGAAACGCCAAGUGAUUUCGAUAGUGUGAUGUCUGGGCAGAAAUUUAAAGGUUCCCAAACAGCAACAACGGCUACUGUUGGCGCAGUGGGCGCUUUACUGGGUGAUUUAUGCGCUGAUGAUAAUGACUGUGCUGCAUUACCUGGAGCACAAUGCGCGCAUGGAGGUUGUGUGUGUAGACCUGGGUAUGCGCCCACGGUGCACAGGAAAGCUUGUGUGGAGCAAGCAACGCAAGAAACUACCGAGGAAUAUAGCGCAUGUUUAUCCGAGCCUUGUUACAAUCUUGGCACGUGCAUCGAUCUACCUGGCUCCACAUACACAUGCGUAUGUUCUGGUCCAUAUACAGGACUCAACUGUGAAUCUCUCAUAAAAGAUGGACUCCUAGGAUCAUAUAUUGAGACUCCUUUCUUUGACGGUUCAUCAUAUAUACGUUUGAAACCUUUGAAAGCUUACCAUAAGUUGAACAUCGACAUAGAGUUCAAAACUUUCUCGGAAAAUGGAAUCAUAUUGUAUAAUCAACAGAAAUACGAUGGUACUGGUGAUUUUGUUUCUCUUGCUCUGGUCAAUGGAUAUUUAGAAUUUAGGUAUAAUCUUGGUAAUGGAGUAAUAGUUCUGACGUCUCUCGAAAAAAUAACAUUGAACGAGUAUCAUAAAGUAUCCGCAAAAAGAUAUCACCGUGAUGGUAUUUUAUCCGUCGAUGAUAUGGAAGACGUAGCAGGCCAGUCUACGGGACAUCUGAAAGCCUUAGAUUUAGCGGAAGAUGCUUAUGUUGGUAGCGUGCCUACUAAUUAUUCAAGGGUUUUCGAUAAUAUUGGCACUCGAAGCGGAUUUAUUGGGUGCGUGAAGUAUUUGAGGAUAAUACGUCAUCAAGUAACAAAGAAAUUGGGCCGUCCAGACUCAUUAGUAGUUUCCAUAGAAAAUGUCAGGGAGUGCCAAUCGAAUCCGUGUAUGAGUGUUCCAUGCAAGAAUGGCGCCACGUGUAGUAUAGUUGAUGGGUCGGCGACCGAAUACACUUGUAUCUGCCCUAUCGGAUUUCAAGGAGGCAAUUGUGACGAGAGAUUAGAUCCAUGCGAGUCGAAUCCCUGUGGAUAUGAUGAGGGGCUAUUGUGUGACAUUGGAUCAGAGGGAGGAUAUGUGUGUCGGUGUUUGUUUGGCGGUGAAAUUGGUUCCAAUGGAAAUACUUGUAAUAACGAUGUAAACGUAGUACAAGAGACGUGGUCCCCUCAAUUUAACGGAACGAGCUACAUCGAAUUACCACCACUCGAGGGGUUAGGAAAGGCGUUCCGCAUCGAAAUCUGGUUUUUAACGAAUCGCUUCUCCGGGAUGCUCCUCUACACAGGCCAGUCUAAUAAAGCCAAAGGAGAUUUCAUAGCGAUUAACUUAGUUAAUGGAUACCUACAGUUUAGGUACAACUUGGGAAGCGGGAUUGCUAAUAUCACAUCUCCUGUACCAAUAAUCAAAGGCCGGUGGCAUCGUGCUCGCGUGGCCCGCGCAGGUCGUCAUGGCAGCUUACAACUAGAUCAUCAUCCUACACAAAAAGGACAUUCACCUUCACCACUAACGCACCUGGAACUUACAUUACCACUAUUUAUUGGAUCUCUGCCGGCAUACAUCCGCCCCCACAAAAUGUCAGGUGUGACCAGCAGUUUCAUAGGAGCAGUGCAACAGGUCUUCGUAAAUGGUAUACCAUUAUCUUUGUAUAGUGGCGAGACUGCUAAAUGUGCAAUUAUGCAGGAAGAAGAUAGGCUGCCUUGCGCCACUAGUGGUGUUACAAAAUACACUGGGCCGCCCUGUGGAGAUGGUUUAACCCCCUGCAAGAACAAUGGAUCAUGUAUACCGCUCUUAAAUGAAUACAAAUGUAUAUGCCCAGAGGGCUACGAGGGCAGGAACUGUGAGAUUCAGCUUAACGUAGCAAUGCUCAAUGACAGAACGCCGAUUACGUUCGACGGAAACAAUUAUUAUUCGUAUAGGAGUAAAGGAAAUCGAAGGAUACGCAGUGCACGAGGUGUUAGAUAUGAAAUUAAAUUUCGAACUUAUAAUGACUCCGGUCUCCUGAUGUGGAGACGGAAAAUUGGUAUACGGCCCCGUGACUUCAUCGGUGUAGGACUGAGCGAUGGUAAACUGCAGCUCAUAUACACCGAUACAGAUGUCAAGGAGCUGAACUCUGGUAUGCGGGAGGACUGGUUCCAGUGUAUAGAGUCACAGGUCCGAGUGGAUGAUGGCAUGUGGCAUACUGUGACGGUUAGGAGACGGAAAAGGCUUGCAAUGUUGCAAGUAGACGAACUGUCGCCUGUCAGAGGGUACUCGCAGUCGCUUCUUGUACCUUCGAAAUCGAAUCCUAAGUUAUGGAUUGGAGGAUCGCCAACCCUACCACUUGGUUUGCCCGCGGCGCUGUACACUGGCUUGCGCGGCUGCGUCGCAAGUGUUAAAGCGAACGGCCGACACAUCGAUCUUACUGCACCGAUACGACCUACCACUACCAUCCGACAUUGCGACUGACGAACGUGACUUAUCGCGUGCGAUUUGAACACCUGAGUCGCGACGUGUCAAUUCCCAUGUAUUGUGAGAUGUUCAAAGUAUUAUUUUGUAGUUUUUGUGUUGAAUAGUGUUAAAAGUACCUGUUAUUAAUGUACCUACCGAUACAUAUCUGUUUCGAACUUCUGGUUUACGCAAUACUUUAAGAGAUAUCUCUAAAGGGAUAGAGGAAAAACAAAUGCUUAAGAGGUAUUCAUGUAUUAACCAAAAGAAUAUGUUGCCAUAAUAUGUUACGUAAUAGGUUUAGGUGUAAAGGCGCAUUUACUGAGUUUACUAGGUAACUUAAGGUGGUGUUUCAUCGCCAAUCUUUUAAUAAAUAAACUAUAACGCGCUCUGUUUUAAUAUUAUUGUGUAAUAAAACAAUUAUUAUUAUUAUAAAAUCGGUGCUCGGAUUACACAUCAGAGGUAUAAUAAACAAAUGAAUGUAUGUAUGUGCGAAAGUACUGAAUAAUAAUAAAAGACUCUUGAUAUUUUGUUGUUACUAGCAGAAAUAUUAUAUUUAGAUUGUAGAUUAGUAUAUAUAAUAUAGAGAUUCCUUAUCGAAGAAGGCAAAAACGGGGAGUGUAAACGUUAGUUUUAUCAAUUCAACGUUGAUGGGCUUUAAUAUUAACAUUCCAAUAAUGAUAUCAUUAUUAGAGACGUCUUGUUUUACGAAUUUAAUUUCCUGAAAUGAAACGUCUGGGCAUAAAGUGAGACUUUCAUUUUUAUUUUUCUUAUUCCAUUUAUAGCAUUCCUUGUUUCAUUUAAAGCGCUUAUUAUAAUUUACUUUAUGUUAUUAACAGUGCCAUAGUAAUGUACAUACAGUGUCAAUUUAGUAGUAAUAUUUAAGUGUUAUAUCUCAGGAAUUAUAAUGUAAGGUUAUUUUUAUUAAAUAACUAAUGAGAUGACAUAUUUUUACUCGUACUGCCAGAGUUACAACUCUGAUAUCUCCAGUGUUUUCCUGAUUACAUUCUUUUGAAGUGCAGGUUUUAGAUAUAUUUAUUGGGUAUUGUUCCUGAUCUUGCCCUGAUCUUGCUUCUCGCGUAUAAUAAAAAUAGAACUUGUAUAUCCUAUUAAUAUUAUUAUGCGAAAGUUUAUAAGGAUGGAUGGAUGUUUGUUAUUCUUUCAAGUAAAAACUACUGAACUGAUUUGAAUAAAAUUUAGUACGCGGGUGGAUUAUAUUCUAACUUAGUAUAAGAUACUUUAUAUAUAUAGAUUCAAGUGGGUAUAGUCACGGGAUGCAGCUAGUACAUCAAUAAAAACCUUUUGAUCUGGUGUAAUUUUGUCUUGACCGGGCUGCGCUGGAGUCAUCAGAGAACUUUAGUCCGAUCGUUAGUUAUUCACCGUAUACCUACAGUUUAUUUUACCGUAUCUCAUUGUUAUUAUUAUUUUGAUGUCCACUUGUAAUCAUUUCGAUGGUUAUGAUUAUUUAAAUAUUUGUUAGGGAUCUGUAAAUUAAAAUGUUAACACGGAACCCUUACGCAACACGUACUUCGUUUUCCGUCCAUCAGUCCCUCUGUCAAAUUUGCUUUUUUUGCAAAUGACUUAAUUUACGCUGAAUUUAUUUAUAAUGAAGAUCUGUCUGCGUUCACAGCUUUGCAAUUAUAUAAUGUUAAAAUACAAAUUACUAAUUGAAAAACAUUGCUUUUUAUAUACGUGUAUUAGUAUUAUUACGUUACAUUGACGAAUCCUCUUGAAAUAAAUAGAUGGAGCUGUUUAGUUAGGAAGUGCGUUUGCAGGUUUAAUGCCAUAAGUAACAUCUAAAUAAACGCAAUUAAAAUGAUAUUUUAAAUGGAUAAUUUACUAUAUAAAUUUAAAAUUACUAUUCUUUACAUAAAAAAUUCUACUAACUAUAUAAUUACCUUCUUUUUAUUUAUUUUAAUUAAUUAUAAAUUAUAAUACGGAAUCCUCAGAGCCAAGUCGUAUUCGGCUACCUUCUUAAUUCGUAAUUGCUUAUAUCGUUGUUAAUUUCCUUAAGUUAUAACUUAAAUUAAUAUUAUUUAGGCACGUCUUUGUGUAAAUAAAAUAUGUAAAUAAAUAAAUAAGUCUAGAUUUUUUUACGAUUUGCUUAACUGUUUUCAGUUACAACUAGACAUCUAUAAAGCAUACAAACCUUAAUUCUUAAUUCGUCACAUUUACAGUUUAAUAAACAUUUUAUCUAUCAUGUGUAGGUUUUUAUGGAGAUUUAUGAUUAUUUCAAUGAAACGAAUUUGAAAACUGUUUCUAAGAGUUGUACAUUAAAACAUGUCUAUUUAAUGUUAUGUAUAGGAAAAUAUUAAUAAAUUAGCCUAGAUCAAAUUUAGGUUAUUGUUCAUUCUUUUUUAUAAAAUGCUAAUGCGAAAUGCUCUUUUAAUAAAUGCUAAGUUGUCUUUUCUACUUUUCGUCUAGUGUAUUUGUAAAGUAUUAUACCUUAAUACUAAUAAAAUAAAACAAUGACAAUAUUAAAUAUAUAUCAAAGUGGCAUUUAGAGUUACGUUUUCAUGUUAGAAGUGCUUCGUGAUCGAACGAAACAUAUCCAGAUCACUUUUAGAUACUAUUUUAGAUCGACCCAACAUCAGCUGAUUCGGUAUCGAAGUAAAUAUAGAUUAUUAUUAACGUUUUUAUUCAAUUCUAAGUAUGUCUGUAUUCGCUGUCAGUUUUCACAAAUAAUUUCUUUUAAUGAACUAAAACGUUAAUAAAAUAAUAAAUUUAAAACAAAUCUACCGCUAGAUAUUUUGUAAUCUGCUUUUAAAGUAUUCAAAUAUUUUUUUUACUAUUAGAAUCCAAAAACUUUGUGAUCGUUUAAUAAUGUUAUUUAUUGCGUGAUUGAUGUUUCAGGUCACUAUAAGUGCUCUUUUUAAACAAGUAUAAAAAAAUAUUGAAAUCUGUUGUUUUUGAAAACUGACACUUAUUUAAAAUAACAUUUUUGUGUAAACACUGUUUAACACCUUAUUCAUAAAAACAUCAAACGUCUUGUAGGUUAUAUUUUAGUUAUUAUGCAGUGGGUCAUCUCUUUUUUUUUAUUUACUUUCGAAUGGAAUAGAAAGAGAAAUAAUAUUAUUAAUAGUUCAAAAUAAGUAUGCUGAGAGUUGUAAUAGAUAUUUGUUUUUAUGAAUAGGGGGUACGGCGUUACAGCAAGUCCAUUGCUUACUUCAUAUUGUAUAGAUAAAAAUGCUAGCCGUCACACGUAAAUUCUACGACAUAAAAAAUUCAUUCCGAAUCAGCGAGAGGUAGGGUUCACAGCAAUAAAUCUACCUACCUUUAGGUACAAUAUCGUAUCACUGGUUCUAACAUAUCUUCCAGUCCAAUUUGUUACGCAAUGUGUGUUUUGAUGUAACUAACUUAGUUUAAUAAAUACAAAUGAUAAAUUAAAGAGACUGCAACCCGUAAAUAUGUUUUU